AUGUGGCAACCCGUUACUCUUCCCUUCAAGAAUGGCUCGCUGCCUCGACCCACCCUGCCUACUCCAGAUGAAAUCCGGGCCUGCACCACUAUUUUAUGGGAGCGCUCAUCCGUCAAAGUCGUCGCAGUGAAUGAUGAGAUUGUUGUCAAAUUUGGAACAAGCUUAAAUGCAUGGGAGGGACAGGCUCUAGUUUACCUCGAACGAUACGUCCCAAGUGUUCCGGCUCCCCGACUGUACGCAAUGUACCGUGAUGCUAAGCAACUCUUCCUGGUUAUGCAGCGCGCUCCAGAUGACAUUGUCACCGAACUCCGCAAAGCAGUUGAUACUUUGCGACAGGCGAAGAGUCCGUGGCCCGACUUUUAUGGAAGCUUGGAUGGUGGCAGUGUGCACCAUUAUUUAUUCUGGUGCCGGAAGGUUGGUGGCAAGUUUUUGGGGCCCUUCCAUGGCGAAGCUGCCUUUGUUGCAGGGCUCACAGGGAAUUACCGAGCUGCCAUUGAACGUGACGGCCUGCCAGACUUCAAAGCUCGCUUCUAUGAAACCUCCCUCCUUCACGUACUCCAAGGUCACCGGCCAACAUCGACUCACGGGGACAUUCAGCCGAAGAACAUUGUUGUUGCGGAGAAAGGCCGCAACUCUCGAGGACAGCGAUCAUUUGAUGUCAUGCUUGUCGAUUGGGAAGCUGCUGGCUGGUAUCCUGAUUUCUGGGAAUACUUCAGUGCGUUUUCCACACCCCCAUUUCUCGACUGGAGGGAUGACUGGUGCUGGCGAAUUCAUGAGUUUCUUCAAAUAUGGCCGGCCGAAAUGGCAAUAAUGCGUAUGAUUGAUAAAGAUUGGCUAUAA